CCGUCAUGGCCAAGUAGUACAACAUUUGUGAACAUCUCUCUGGCAUCACAAGUGGCUUGCACAUUUAAAGUAGGUUUCCCUUUUCGGUUGAUAUACUCAUCUCCAUGGCGAUUUGGUUUCAGGGUUCCUAUAUGUGUAUAAUCAAUUCCACCAAUUGCUGUCGGAAAUUUAUACAUGCUUGCCAUAUCCGCUUGGCCUCCACAGUCCGAGAUACCGUUGCUUGACUAACACCAAGUUUCUGACCAAUACCCUGUUGAUAUCCAGGUUCACCGAGAUAGCGU